CCUUCGCCACCGCCCCCCUUCACUCUGCACAGGCGCACGAACUUCACAAGGCCGCCAUUUUGUGCGGAGCCUAUUCUGAAAAAGCGGGAGAGGAUUAAAACCCCCGGAGGAGAAGGGCGAAAUUCUCAGCCAUCUCGGUCAGAUUGAAGAACAUACUCUGGGCUUUCUAUCGAAUUCAGCGAGGAAAUAAACGGCGAAGAGCAGGUAAAGUAAGAGUACUUUCCAGAAAAGGGGGGAGCUUUGCAGGAGCUUUAAUCGGCCUCUAGGUGUCACGAUGGGGCUCCCGGUCCAGGCGGCAGACGGGGGGUGUUUGUCUCCCUCUAUCGUUAUUGAAAAUUUAGCAAAAAACAUUUAUAACCCAGAAGUUCAACGAAAUUUUGCAAUAACGACUCAUUUUGGAGCUAUAUUAGUUUGCAUUUCGGAAAGGAUCGACCAAUAAAGACUUCAACGUGUUGGUUUAGUUCUAAGGCCAGGCGUCCAUUUUCUUUUUCUUCGUCUUUGUUUCCUGCCUUUUCACGGAGUCGAGAUGGAAACUCGCGGCUGCGUAUCAACUCAACGCGCGCCAGAUUGCAGCCCAGAACAACGAAUUUUCUAAAGCGCACAUACAUAAUUUUGCUACAGUAACUCAUAGCGAACGUUAGUUGUAUACAGCUAGCUAACUACCCGUCCAACGCAUAACUUGUUAGCUAGACCGCUAAGUUAACUAUGUAACGUUACUUUCAACGCCACUAACUAGUAUUGUUAACUAAUAAAGCCAGCAAUUAUCGAAAUUAUAAGUACAGUAACAAAACUGUUUGCUGUCAAUGUUUUCGCCCACAAGCACAACGGCCUUCGCAACAGCUAGCAAACCCCUACCAUUGACCUAGAUAACUUGGAUAACUUGCUAACUGUUAGUUUGAUAGAGGUUAUAGUUUAGCUAACUAAUUAUCAUAUUUUAAAAGCUAGCAAUUAAACAAGUCCAAGUCAAGACGAUUCACAAUUUUAGCAGGCGCCAGCUUCUUACUAGCUAACGUUAGGUAGCUAGAUUGGCUUGUUGCGCAGACCGAAUUAAAACAAGGAAGAUGCAUAGCUAGCUAAAUGACCCCGAUAGCCGUUUCCAGUAAAACGACGUCUCCCUCCGCCCUAAAUUUAAUGCGCAUGUAAUCUAGAAUUUUUAACGAAAUGUCUUCUGCAAGCUCACUGCAGUUCAUGUUCCAUCCAGUGUCCGUUGUCUGAUUCAAAUCCUACCUUGAGCUACAACGACACUAGCUAGCUCGAAUUGAUAAAAACAGGGUAGAGCUCCCUCUACAACCCGGCUGGUAGCGGUACAAAAACAUGACUAGCUAACGUUAGCUAGCUAUAUGACUUCAUGUCCUCUAUCAAAAUUGCGGCCCGCAAUUGCAGCCUGGCCGUACUAGCUACGAAUGUCUGUGCGCAUUCAAUUCAUGCAGUAGGUUUAUGUAGAAAGUUCAACUUGUUUGUCUUCCCCGCAGGUUGAGUGUCAGGUAACAGUCAGGAGAGUUGAGUCAGAAAUUGAGGAAGCCAAGCAGGUCUAGAAAGAUGAAGUAUUCCUUUCUGGUGCAGGUAACAAUUUAGGAAGUUGCAUCAACUUUAUCUGAGAUCUUGAGUGAACUGAACACUAUGCCAUUUUCUGUCUGUUAGGCCUAGCAAGAUUGAUCAUAUGUCCAGGUACUGAAAAGUGUUUUAAAAUCCCUGCAAAUAGAAAAUACAGUUUCAACAUUUAUGAAUAAAGGAGUUUACAUUACAUUGCUAGAUUGUGUGCUGAUUGUUGGUUUUGGGUUGGCUCUCUCAGGUAUUACCAAUGGACGGAGGACCAACUGACGUUGUGGUUGAGGCCAAGGACAGCAUCACCUAUGAGGGGGAGGAGGUGGUGGCAGACCUGCUCCAGCAAGCAGCAGAGGGGGUGAUGGACGAGCAGCCAGCGGGAGAGGCAUGUCUAGAUCCCCAGCAGCUGGUGGAUGGAGUCAAUGUGGAGAUGAUGGUAAUGGAUUCCCUGGACCCGGCCCUGCUGCAGAUGAAGACUGAGGUGAUGGACGCCCCUGUGGUCACAGCCCACGAGGCCACUGUCACCACUGUGGAUGAGACCCAGAUCAUCACUCUGCAGGUUGUCAAUUUGGAGGAGCAGCAGCUUGGAGGCCUUGGGGAGCUACAGCUAGUCCAGGUGCCUGUCUCUGCUGUGCCCGUAACGCAGGCCACUGUAGAGGAGCUACAGGGAACCUUUGUGGACGCCACGGCCAUGCCCAAAGAUGGAAAUCCUAUGAUCUGCCACACCCUGCCCCUGCCAGAGGGCUUCCAGGUAAGAGACUGCACUUCACUAGACUAGAUAUUACAUAAUUCAGAGCUAAUGGAAGCAUCUUUUCCCAGUGGUGUACAGCAGAGUUUUGUGCCACUGGUGCAUAUCUAGAUGUACUAGUUCUAGAGAAACUUUCAACACUACUGCUUCUUCAGGUGGUGAAGGUGGGUGCGAAUGGUGAGGUGGAGACAGUGGAGCAGGAUGAGCUCCAGCACCAGGAGGAGCAGCAGGUCCAGCCUGAGGAGGAGGAGGAGGAGCUGCACUGCGAGCCCCAGACUGAAGACCCACAAUGGACCACGGACCCAGACUACCAGCCCCCAGCCAAGAAGACUGCCAAGAAGGCAAAGAAGAGCAAGCUGCGCUACAACACAGAGGGGGACAAAGACAACAUGGAUGUGUCUGUCUAUGACUUUGAGGAGGAGCAGCAGGAGGGGAUGCUCUCUGAGGUCAACGCGGAGAAGGUGGUGGGCAACAUGAAGCCCCCCAAACCCACCAAGAUCAAGAAGAAGGGUGAGAUUACUAGCACCCCUGCUUGCUGUGUCCUUUGUUUAUAGUGAAUGUUGUAACUCAAGUUGUGGUGCUGUUUGCCUCUGCAAGUGCUGACUCUAGGCAUUUGUAUGCUCCAGGUGUGAAGAAAACAUUCCAGUGUGAGCUGUGUAGCUACACCUGUCCCCGCCGCUCCAACCUGGACCGACACAUGAAGAGCCAUACGGACGAGAGGCCCCACAAGUGCCAUCUGUGUGGAAGGGCCUUCAGGACCGUUACCCUGCUGAGGAACCACCUCAACACACACACAGGUAUGAUGUCAUCAGUCACAUUGAAGGACGGUCCUAUAUUGCUAGUCCUGUCCAUGUUGGAUACCGUUAUAACUGUUCUGUCUACAGGUACCAGACCACACAAGUGUCAAGAUUGUGACAUGGCCUUUGUGACCAGCGGAGAGCUGGUCCGACAUCGUCGCUACAAGCACACUCAUGAGAAACCCUUCAAGUGCUCCAUGUGUGACUAUGCCAGUGUGGAGGUGAGCAAGCUGAAGCGGCACAUCCGUUCCCACACCGGGGAGCGUCCGUUCCAGUGCAGUCUGUGCAGCUACGCCAGCAGAGACACCUACAAGCUGAAGAGACACAUGAGGACACACUCGGGUGAGGCACAGCCACAAGGAAACUGUGUAAACACAAUUAGUGACUGACCUGAUUGUUGAACUUGUUCACUCAUGUUUCCUUGCUUUGUUUUCCAGGAGAGAAGCCAUAUGAAUGCUACAUCUGCCACGCCCGUUUCACCCAGAGUGGAACCAUGAAGAUGCACAUCCUGCAGAAGCACACAGAGAACGUGGCCAAGUUCCACUGCCCCCACUGUGACACAGUUAUCGCCCGCAAGAGUGACCUGGGUUAGAUACCUAGACGUUGACUUGACCUGAUCAUCCCAAUAUGAUGACCGCAUGAUUUGGACAUUUCCACCGUAAACUUAAUCGUGCUUGAACUUGCCUAAUGUGUAUACAGAUGACAUCUCUCUCAUUAAGCUGGUUUUAACACCCCUCUCUCCUCCAGGUGUCCAUCUGCGUAAGCAGCACUCGUUCAUUGAGCAGGGCAGGAAAUGCCGUUACUGUGAUGCUGUGUUCCACGAGCGCUACGCUCUCAUCCAGCACCAGAAGUCCCACAAGAAUGAGAAACGCUUCAAGUGUGACCAGUGUGACUACUGCUGCAGACAAGUAAGAGGGCCUGCUGUCUGUAACCUGGGAUGAUUGAUGGAUCUAGACCAGCGUAAAUGUACAGUGUAGGAUGCUGGGUAGCUACGGCGAUGGAGUCAAUGCCCCUUUUGUCAGUAAUUAUCCAAUCAAGGUCAUUGGCAGGAAGGCAAGGGUUUAUGGAAAUUGGUUCUAUGCUGAUUGUUUUGUGAUGGAGUUGGUCAAAUUUCCCAGCAGUUUCUCUGUCCUUAUGCUGUGUUUCUUGCUUUCUUUGCAUUGACUAGGAGCGCCACAUGCUGAUGCACAGGCGCACGCACACAGGAGAGAAGCCUUACUCCUGUAGCCAGUGCGAGAAGACCUUCCGUCAGAAGCAGCUCCUGGACAUGCACUUCCGGCGCUACCAUGACCCCAACUUUGUGCCGACUGCCUUUGUGUGCACAAAGUGUGGCAAGACCUUCACCCGCAGGGUAUGGACACUUACUCAAACACAAAUUAACUGAGUGGAAGAAUACACCUAUGUUUUGGACAUAGCCCUUCAUUUUAUUUAUUUUACAUUUUGUGUUCCUCUCCUUAGAACACCAUGGCCAGACAUGCAGAGAACUGUAACGGGGAUCCUGGUGAAGGAGAGAAUGGAACCCCACCCAAGAGAGGACGAGGUGGGAGGAAGAGGAAGAUGCGCUCAAGGAAGGACGAUGAUGACGACGACAGUGGUGAGAGGCCUGUUUUACAGAAACAUAUCUAAUUGUAGUGGCCUAUUAACUUUGCUAUAGUAAGCUUUUUCAGUUCACACCUCUACUUACUAUUGCUUGUUGAAUGUAAUGAGAUCAGUGUUACUCUUUUUAACUGUUCCCAUCUCCAGAGGACAAUGCUGAUCCUGAGCUGGAUGACAUUGAUGAAGAGGAUGAGGAGGCUGAGGCGGCACUGCUGGAGGAUGAAGAAGAGGAGGAGGAGGAGAUGGAGUUGGAGCAGGCUCCACCCACCAAGCCUAUCCCUGCCCCUGUGGAGCCUCCCGUGAAGAGGAAACGCGGUAGACCCCCCAAGAAUGCGCCCAAACCCGCCUCACCUGCCAAAGCUAGCAAGGCUACCCCUAAGGGCAAGGCUGCUGCAGGUGAGUUAAACCCCACUGGUCCUAUGUCAUGGAAUGUCUAACUCUAUGCCCAUUUUAUGCCAAGGUUAAUGACCAUUUAAUGCUGCGUUAUAAUGCCUGGUGUUACCUCUGUCUCCUCAGCAGCAGCCAUCAUCCAGGUGGAGGAUGAGAAUACAGGUGCCAUAGAGAACAUCAUAGUGAAGAAUGAGCCAGAGGCUGAGCAGGCUGCCAUAGAGGUGGUGGUUGAGCAGUCAGAGGAGGCAGAGGCAGGGGUGGCGCUGCCUGUAGCAGAGGUUGCGUCCAACGGAGAUCUCACCCCUGAGAUGAUCCUCAGCAUGAUGGACCGGUGA